AGAGAGGCGAGGUGGGGGGAGAAGGUUUGGAUGCUGGAAGGCGGCGGCGGCCAUGUUGCCUAUCUCAAGAGAAGAGAGAACUCCGAGGACCGAGCGCCAAGGUUCGCUCGUUGCUUGCAGCGGCUAACUUUGGUUUUCAAAUAUCAUCAUCUCACCAUCCAUUCCCAAGUGUUGUUUUUCUCAAAAAAAUAUUCAAAAUCCAAAUCAAAUUGAUUCGCUUUCUCUACGACAAAAAUUAAGUUCGUGUUUUGGUUUUUUCCUGAUACUGCAAACGAAGAAGAAAAUUCCACCAUUCCCCCACCCUCACCGCCCCAUUUUCCCACCUCUUUCUUGAAAGAGAGACACCGGUACACGCUGUGAAACCGGAAGAAUCACCACGAGAGGAGAAGAGAGAUGAUACUAAAGUGAAAACUCGAUAUCAAGUGAGAGUGCUUUUUUUGGGAGAGAAGAAAAGUAAAAAAAAAAAAAAUAGUGCCAUUUGUGGAUAAAAUUUUUUGUGUCAGGAUAUAUAAAUUAAAAGAAAAAGGUGAAUUAGUGUCUGCGCCGUCGGAUCAUCAGAGAUUGUUUUGAAAAACGAAAAAAAAAUUGAGGCACAGCCUCGGAUGUGGGGAAAAAUGUUAUUAUCCGCGGAGAUGUGAUCCGGAACUCAAGAGGGACGCUUAGUAGUUUGUAGUUUUGUCCCCCUUUUUUCCACCCUCCCACCACCCCCAUUUUUUUUAAAACUGGGGUCCGCCCAUUAUCAACCCCAGUCCCCCACCCAAGGAAAAAAUCUCCCUAUAGUGUCAACUGGAACCAAUGCUCGCAAUCUUUGAACAAGCGAUUUUCAACUACUUCAAGCAACUACUUCACGUGCCAUACAGUAUAGUCUGUGAUAAAGAACCCCAGAUCUCGAAACGUCAAUGUGCCACUAAUAGAAAACAAAAGAAAAGAAAAGAAAAUCUAGAAGUAGUAAAGGGAGGAAAAUUUUUCGACUAUUGAAAGGACAUUACACUAAACGAAUGACCUUAGAACCAGGAUCACGGUCCAUUGAAGAGCACGAUCUCAUCAAGGAACAGGUGAAGAAUCUAGUCCGCAGAAUGUCUACCUGUGCGGACGAAGCCGAAAAUACAUCCCUGCAUAUGCAGGAAUCUUUAUCGCCGGAGGUCCCAGUGUCUCCGGCGUCAUCAUUGAGCAAUCAAAAUCAAAAUGACAGUGAGCACACGUUACUGGCGACGAUGCAACCGGUUAAUGUUCUCGAUCUCCAUGAACCACCGGGACAUCCACUUCAUUUAAAAUAUCAUCAUCAUCAUCACAAUCAUCAUCGACAUCACCAUCAUCAUCAGCAUCAUCAUUCGCAUAUUCAGCAAGACGACGAUCAUUCCCGUGGUCCUGACGAUCAGGACGAUCGAGUAACACCCGAAUCGGCUGGUAACAAUUCAAAUUUGGCAGUUGGCGAACACAAAAUGAUUGACCUCAUCUACAAUGAUGGACAAAAAACAAUCAUGUACACACAUGACAAGGAGAUUAUUUACGAGAACGAGGCUGAUAGGGUACAAGUCGUAGAAUAUCCACCACCGCCACCCUCACCACCAUCGCCAUCACCGCCGCCAAGAGGUGGCCUAGUGCCCGUCAAUUGUGUCACACCAAGAACAACAUCAACUCUUCAUUUACACUAUCCUCAAUUGCAAUUACAACACGAUGACGAUUUACCAAGAGGCGUUUCAACAGUGUCCAAUGUCUCGAAUUGCACCGCUGGAACAACAACAACCACCGUUUUGGUACUAUCCGAACUUGUUGCCGCCGAUCCUACUGCAAGUGCUGCCGCCGCACAACAAUUGACACUCACAGCUGCAUCUCUUCGUGCUGGAAGACGAAGUCGAGGUGAGGAGGACUCGGGCGGCGUUACAGAGGAGGAUCAGGCUGGCUACGGAGCAGUGGCGGGAUCACGUGAGCCUGAGGACGAAGAAAAUUUAGGAUCCGAGGAGGCACAGUCCCUGCAGAACGCGACCGGGGUCCAGGGUGCGGCCGAACCCGGCGACCCGGAAGUCCACAAAAGGGUCGCGGCCGUGCAGGUACAAGUGCAGGGUAUGGAGGGCGAUUGGCGCGCCUACUGCGAGCAUCCGCUAUCGGUCGCUACCGCAGCCAUGCUUAAUCUUCAGCAGCAACAUCAGGUGACGGCCGUUUCCAGUCAUAAUGACGAUCCGGCCGCAUCCUACGUCUACGAGUACUACAAAAUUCCCGAGAAAGCCACCGAAGUCAAACUACCACCAACGCACGAACUCUGGUCCACGGGUGUGAUGGGACCAAAACUUUUGGUGCAAGAGGCUCCUGGUGCCGGCUCAACAAAUCGAAUGGAAACGUCCGAAGGCACAGGUGGAGGGGAGCUUCAUCACUUAUUUCAUCAGUAUAAUCAACAAUCGCACAGUCCAGGGCAAAGUCUGCAGGGUGGUCUCUCUCUUCCCCUUAGUCCGCAAUCGUUACGUCACGAUGGUUCGUCAAGUGCCGGUAUACAGGGGGUUAAACGUGAACCCGAGGAUCUCAGUUCAUCACGAGGUGGUCAACAAUCUAGUAAACGUCACAAACAAUCGCAACCUGACAGUCCAACGCCGCCGGGAAUGUACCAUCAUCAUCAGCACCAGCUACAGGUACAGCAAUACGGAAGUCCCUACGAUCCCUAUUCGUCGUGCAGUCCGCGACUGCAAUCGGCGGGUUAUACGUCGGCUUCGGCGAAUGCAGCGGCAAAUGCUGCAAAUUCCGGGGGACUUCAUCAGGAGGCAACAGUUUACGUGACGAGUGAACAAUUGCCACCAUUGGCCUCGUCGAGUUCCUCGUCACUACCUACAACGACUGCAUCCUACACGAGGUACGAAGUUGUGCCCAGUUCAUAUGCGACAACACACGCAAUUCGCACCACAUCAAGUAGCAGCAAAGUCCUCACUGUCGAUCUACCCAGCCCUGAUUCGGGGAUUGGUGCCGACGCUGUCACCCCGAGGCAGGAUCAUCAUCCGCCAACGGCACUUCAUCAGUCGUCGUUUGAUUACACGGAACUAUGUCCUGGAGGCAGUGCAACCGCAACGACUGUGGUGCUCGAGAGUGGAGCCGUCAUUCACCAUCAACCACUGCAACUACAAUUGCAGCAAGGACACACCCAAACACAAGUUCCAAGAAGUGCCCUCGUCAGUGGUGCAACAACUCCCAAUCCGAAUCCAAAUCCACCAAGGUCAAGGCCGUGGCACGACUUUGGACGACAGAAUGACGCCGAUAAAAUACAAAUAGCAAAACUUUAUGCACCCUACGGUUUCAAGUAUCACCUGGAGUCGCCAAUCAGUACAUCGCAACGACGCGAGGACGAUAGAAUAACUUACAUCAAUAAGGGACAGUUUUACGGCAUCACGCUGGAUUAUGUACCGGAUCCUGAUAAACCUCAACUUAAACCUGGUCAGACUGUCAAGAGUGUUGUGAUGUUAAUGUUCCGGGAGGAGAAGAGUCCUGAAGAUGAAAUUAAGUCGUGGCAAUUUUGGCACGCGAGACAACAUUCUGCGAAGCAACGGAUUCUCGACGCUGAUACGAAGAACAGUGUGGGACUUGUUGGAUGUAUCGAGGAAGUUGCACAUAACGCGAUUGCAGUUUACUGGAAUCCCUUGGAAUCGUCAGCUAAGAUCAACGUCGCGGUUCAAUGUUUAAGCACGGACUUUUCGAGUCAAAAGGGCGUCAAGGGACUUCCUCUACAUAUUCAAAUAGAUACUUACGAAGAACCACCACCACAUGCUCAUUCGUACACGCCACCGUCUCACAGGGGCUACUGUCAAAUUAAAGUCUUCUGUGAUAAGGGAGCGGAGAGGAAAACACGGGAUGAAGAAAGGCGGGCGGCAAAGAGGAAAAUGACGGCAACGGGGAGAAAGAAAUUGGACGAACUAUAUCAUUCGGUGACGGAGAGGAGCGAGUUCUACUGUAUGGCGGAUCUUCAUAAACCACCAGUGUUGUUCACACCACCAGCGGAGCAUGCCAUCGAUAAGUUUUCGACAAUGGAGUUGUCGGGAUUCUACGGAGGCGGUGGUGGGGGUAACGGGGGUGACACGGACACCUCGUCUCUGAGUAACGGCGAGGGCGGCGGAUUAAAGGCAGGGGGCAGUAGUCCUUAUCCUGCAUGCGGGGGUAGACCGAGCCUGCCGGCCCUCAAAUUUCACAAUCACUUUCCACCUGACAAUCUGAGUUCCCUCCACGACAAGAAGGACUCAUUGCUGAUGCAGGUCCAGGAGCUUCAGGGUUCCGUUCUUCAGAGCGUACAACCACAGGGAAUACCGAGCGGUGCCGUUGUUACUGGAACCGUUGGCAAUCGAUUACACCUCUCUCAACAACAUUUGCGAGCAAGCGAUGCCGAGGAACGUGUUAUGCUUUACGUGCGCCAGGAGGCCGACGACGUUUACACGCCACUUCACGUCACACCGCCAACAGUUCAAGGACUUCUAAAUGCUAUUGAGUCAAAGUACAAAAUUGCAUCCUCGAGUAUUAAUAACCUCUAUCGCAAAAACACAAAGGGAAUUACAGCGAAAAUUGAUGACGACAUGAUUCGCUACUAUGUGGACGAGGACCUCUUCCUAUUUCAGGUUAGUCAUUCGCGUAUUAAAUCGGAUUCGGUAACGGACAGAAAUCACAAUCCAAGUUCACCUGACGAUCAAGACACGGGUGAUCCACCAAAUCAUGGUUACGACGUUACACUCAUUGAACUUCAUACAUCACCAAUUCCACUUCCACAAUCGCCAAUAACGCCAUCUUCACACGCGCAUGCGCAUAUGCACGACGCAGGUAAUACGUGAGAAAAUUAAAAAAUUUUUUUAAUAUAAUUGCAAUUUUGUAAAUAUAAAAAAACAAAAUAAUAAUAAUAAUAAUAAUAGAUCUCCACUCUCCCGGGGCCAUUGUAUACAUGCAAACACGCACACAUGCAUAUACAAACAGAGGGAUCAUUAUAUUAUAAAGCAAACAAAAAAAUAACUAUAUUAGGGAAAAAUGGUGCCAAAUUUUUCUUUUAAGUUGACAGGAGAAAAAAAUUGGCGCCAAAAAUUGUUGAAAAAUCAUUUUUUUACCGUCAAUUGAAUAGUGAUGCGAAGAGUCUUCUUAUCUUUUGGUUGGGAAAAUUUUUUUGUUAAUUAUUUUUGAUUGUCAAAGAAGAAAGUUUUAAAUAUUAAAAUUUAAUAUUUUAAAAAUUAAGCCUCACUUAAUUCAUUUUGCGAUAAGUUCCCGUUGAAUAAUUUAAAAAAUAAAUCUUUUCUUCAGUUCACUUUUAAACAAAAACCGUCUGCAUUAUGAGCAUUUUUGACUGACUUUCAGCCUUGAGAGUAUGAUUUUAAGUCCUAAGAAUCUAGACAGUCUAGAAUCUUAAAAAAUUUAGCUUUAAGCUUAAAAAUAGGCUAUACUUUUCAAUCAAGAUGUAGACGGUUUUUUUUAUUUUAUUUCUUUUAUGAUUAUCUGACAGUUAAUGUUAACUUGAAAAUAGGAUCAAAUUGGGGUUUAAAAUUGAAAUUUUAAAAUUUUGAAAAAUUAAAUUUUUAAUAUUUGAAAUUGAUAUCCAAAAAAAGAAGUGUCAAUCUAAAGAAAAAGACGGUGGUGAUGUCUGGGUGAACUUGAAAUGUGAAUUCUUUUCUCAUGAAUAUGACAGAAAAAAAAUAUUGAAAAAAGAAAACAAUCAAGUGGACCCUUAUUUUAAAAAAAGAAAGUAUAAUGUAAAUCAAGCCAAGCAAUCAUUGCUCUCGAUAAGAUAGUUUUUAUUAUUAGACUAGAUUGAUAGCUCAGAUCGUAUAGUUAAAUCAAUCAAAAUUGAUUUUAGGUCGACGUUAUAUAUUAUAUAUAUUUUUUUUGAUAGUACGUAUGACGUAUGUGUAUCAAAUUUUCAAUUUUAGUUUUUAAAUCAUUUCUAUUUUAAGACUUUUGUAAGCGUAAGAGAGAGAGAGAGAGAGAGAGAGAGAGAGAGAGAGAGAGAGAGAAUUUAAUUAAAGUUAAGAAGUGCUUUGAAUUUUAUGUACUGAAGAAGGGAAGUAAAAAAUGUAACAAUCGUAAGUGAAUGGUCAGGCGAGAUAGAGAUAGAUAUAUAAUUCUUUCCCAAAGUUUCGUCAAGUGCUCAUUAAGCGUUAUUAGUCUAGAAAUUUUACGAAAAGAAAAUAUUUUUAAUUUUUAAUAGUAUAUUCAAUUUCUUGAUAAAAUAAAAUUAAAAUAAUAAAAAUAUAAUUUAAAUGAAAAUAUAAAUGUGACGCCCUCUGAAGAAAGGUAACUGAGAAGCAAAAAUUUUGGGUUAUGUUUCUAAUUUUUGAAGUAAAAAUACAAAAAGGGGAUCAACUCUAAAUACAAACUACCGAUUUUCAAGUCUUUGUAUGUAAAAUAAUAAAUAAAAACUGAUUUUAAAUAUGAAACUCAUAUUUAAAUUAAACAACUUUUAAUUAAGGUAAAAGUAACAUAACAUAACCUUAAAAUAAUUUGCUUCUAAGGUACCUUUCUUAGGUACUCGUCACAAUUAAAAUAAAAAUAAAAUCAUAAUGAAAUUAAAAAAAAAUAAAGACUAAAAUAAAAUAUAAAUUUUUUAAAUCGGCAUCAAAAUUUUAUUGCCAGCACAAAGA